GGUCAUUUUGGCUUCUCCCCUGUGUUCAUCCGGGCAGAAGUUCCGGAGCGCAGGGUGUGCGCGAGGAGACUUGCGGGAGAAGGACUCAGAGGAGCCGUUGACCCGGCCCUACAGGGGCGGGUCUGAAGCUAGGCGACGCCGCCCGGGGUGCCCCGCAGCGGGGCGGGUGCAAGAACCGCCUGCCCGCUCCCGGCCCCGCUCCGCCCACAGGCCCGGAUGGCGGCAGCCACGCUGAGGGACCCGGCUCAGACACAAGCAGGGGAGUCCAGUACCUUCUCUGCAGUAACUCUCUUCUUGUGAAGUGAGAGAGGGCCGUAUGCACCAUCCUGAUCCUGAGGCCUGUGGAGCACUAAGAACGUCAUUGCCCAGAGGACCGUGCACCGAGUGACACCAGCGUGGACCAAUGAAGGUCCAAGAGACGGGCGUUUCCGUGUGUGCCAUCACGUCGGGGCAGGACUUCCGGGGUCCUUCUGGCAGUCGUUUUGGCAGCUCUGGGGUCGGUUUCCUGUUUGGAGGUUCCAGAGCACAGGGUCAGGACGAGGUGACGACUGGGGAGUCACGAGAGGAGGCAUCCCCGCGGCAUUGCACUGCUCCCGGCCCUGCUCUUCCCACAGAGUCCGAUGGCGGCCGCACCCAGGGACCCAGCUCAGGAAGGGAAAUUCAGAUGAUGGUGAGAAGAUUAUUAAGAGGCCCAGCAGAAGAGGAUGGGUACUGAGUCUAGACCUGCUCCUGGCAGCAAGUGGUCUCUCAAACCAGGUAAGGGACAGAGGAGACAUAAGUGUACUCGGCCUGGUGUUCUGUUUAAAUAGUAAUUCCCCAUCUCUGGAUAUAGGGAUAUUGGAUUUUAAAUUUUAGUGGGGUUUUUCAUGGAGGCUCUAGUGUCCUUGAGGCUGCCCUAACGCAGUGGGGUCUGACUUGCCCAGCACUCAUGAUACCGUAAAGCUAUAAAAAGAGGUGUGUGAGCUGAUGUCUCCCAGCCCCUUGGUAUUAGGGACUAUCUUCGGUUGUGCCUGGUGGGUGCACUGGGGAGGCUGUUGAGGCCUUGCCGCCUGGCCAUGAACCUAAGAUUCUGUCUGCCCCCCCGUGCCUCUUGUUCAGAGGCUGGGACGUAGUGAUUGCUGGCACUGGGGCUGGGUGGCCCGGGAGGAGGGUGAGUGGGUGCCCUAAUGGAGGAGGGCUGUUUGUGGUUUCAUCUCUCCCCAAUCAUGGCAGGGUAGUGUGACCUUUGAAGACGUGGUUGUGUACUUUUCCUGGGAAGAGUGGGGUCUCCUUGAUGAGACUCAGAGAUGCCUGUACCAUGAUGUGAUGCUGGAGAACUUUGCACUUGUGAUCUCACUGGGUUGUUGGUACGGAAUGGAGAGUGAGGAGAAGAUGGCACUGGGAAAGACUCCAAGUCCAGAUUCAUCCGUUUGGAAAGCUCAGCCCUGUGAGAAAUGUGUCUUGCUUGGGAGAGACAUUUUGUAUGUGGCUGAGGACCAAGGAUCACAUCCUGGGCAGAAAUCCUACACCUGCGAGGCAUGUGGGAAACGACUGUGGUUCAGUGCAGAUCUUCACCAGCACCAGAAACACAAUGAAGAGAAGCCAUUCAGAUGGGACAUGGAGCUUCUGACAAGCUACAAACUGCAUGUGUCAGGGAAGCCUUUCCCCUGUGGGGAAAUUGGGAAGGACUUCCUGGCCAUAUUGAGUCUUCUCCAACAUCAGGCCACUCUCAAAGGGGCCAACCCACAUAGCAGCUUGGAACUUGAGGAGUCCUUUCAAGGUAGAGAAAGUCCUCACAAGUGCAGCGACUAUGGCAAAGCAUUCAGCUAUGAAUAUAAACUUUUCCAGCAUCAGCACAUUCACACCAGAGAAAGUUAUCAGGACUGGGAUGACUGUGACAAACCUUUUAACCAAAGCUCCACCCUUACUAAUUGCCCGAGAGCUUACCCAGGACCAAGGACUUACGAGUGUAAUGAAUGUGGGAAAUCCUUUAGCCAAAGCUACAACCUCAUUCAACACCACAGAAUUCACACUGGCGCAAGGCCUUACAAAUGCAGCGAAUGUGGAAAAGCCUUCAGCUUCAAAUUCAGACUUGUCCAGCACCUGCAGAUUCACACUAGAGUGAGGCCUUAUGCGUGUGGCGAAUGCGGGAAAGCCUUCAGCUACAGCUCUACUCUCAUUAAACAUCAGAGAGUUCACACGAGAGAAAAGCCUUACAAGUGUGGGGAGUGUGGGAAUUCCUUCAGCCAAAGCUCCAACCUCAUUCAACACCAGAAAAUUCACAGCGGAGCCAGGCCUUACAAAUGCAAUGAAUGUGCAAAAUCCUUCAGCUACAAAUGCAAACUUGUUCAGCACCUGCGCAUUCACACGGGAGAAAGGCCUUACGAAUGCGGUGAAUGUGGGAAAUCUUUUAGCCACAGGUCCACUCUCAAUCAACACCAGAGAAUUCACACUGGAGCCAGACCUUAUAAGUGCAAUGAGUGUGACAAAUCCUUUAGCCAGAAGUCCAACCUCAUCCAGCACCGCAGAGUCCACACAGGAGAAAAGCCUUACGAGUGUGGGGAGUGUGGGAAAUCCUUCAGCCAAAGCUCCCACAUCAUUCAACACCGAAAACUGCACACCAGAUGACCUCAUGAAUGCAAUGGGAAAGCCUUCCUCUAUAAGGUCUAACACAUUCGUCAGCUAGACUCACUAGGAGGGAACCAGCUCUUAGGAUAUUAAUUAAACAUCACACAGGGCAUCACACAGGGGUAGAGUCCCCAAAGCCUUCUCUCUCUUGACCAUUAUGAAUGAUGGGGGAGGUUACACAGCCCUUCUUCCUCAUGAGGGUUCUGACCCCAUUUUGAUGAAGCUUAGGGGGGGGGUUUCAAAGUACUGUUUACCUUCCCAAGCCUCCUAGAGUGCCCCGAGAAACAGUGUAUUUUCUCUGUCUCUCCACAUGCUGUGGGGCACUAGGGGGCAGAAAAGUUGUUCCCAAGUACUGCAAAGGAAUCAUGUGCCUUCAUGUGGGCUUAUAUAACAUGACAUGGCGGGGGGCCAGGUGACUUGUACAGAAACAGGACUGUAGGAAUUAGUACACCUACAGGAACUUGCAUCCACUUGCAGUGACUGUGCCUGUGGGUUCAGUUUAUAAACACUCCAACGUAAAGUUUCACAGUCCAGAAAAUGGCGACAUGAUGCUGUCACCCAGAUCAAAAUUACAUUGUCUCAGUGAUGCAGGGUGAUGGACCCUUGGUGCAAAAAAAGUGGGGGGACCCAAGACCUCUAUUUGAUUUUUUUAAUAAAGCUUUAUUGAGAUUAAUGAACAGGCUGUAAAAACUGCACAUAAGUAUAACCGAACCACAGAUGGUAAUAAAUCUAUGUAUAAAAGUUA